AUGGUACCCGCAAAACAAGAACAGCGAUAUUUGUUGAAUGGUUUACUGGAUACCACCAGCUUUAGCUCCACCGCAGCGAGUUCCGCUCGAGCUGAAGCGUCCAAGAAUAAGAGACAAGAAGACUUUACAAAAGAAGACUCCAACGGAUACAGCAGCGGCGACCAAAGAUCGGAAUUGUUAGCACCUUCUUCAAAGAAACAACGCAAAAUGAAGAAAAGAGUGUGGUCUUCAUGCUCUGCGUGUAGGAAACUCAAGACCAAGUGCGAGUUCAUCCCAAAACUGGGGAAGUGUGAGAGGUGUCGCAGAUUGUUGAUUGAUUGCUCCCUUAAGGAACUAGUUGACGAAGAAGACAUAGCACGUGAAACUAACUCGGACUCCGUGACGGGAAUUGAGUCUUGGAUGCAAUCUGUGGAGAACACAUUCAAGAAGUUUGAAGAUAAGCUUGAUUCUGUGGUGCAGACCAUUCGCCAGACCCAAUCAGAAGAAAAUGGCCAAAGUAACGAUGUUGAUGAGAAAAGCGGUAGCAUUCUUGGAAAUACCAGCUAUUCCAAUAGCCAGAUCAGCUCUGCGCCUUUGAACGUAAUAAAAAGAAUCGACUCUCAACUGUUCAACCGCGCCGAUCGCAGCGAUCCUUUGAAGAAGGCGUGCGAUGAGUUCAUCCAGUUCUACUUUUCUAACGAGGAGAUCUGCAUUCAGCUGGCGAAGUCGUUUCUUGAGAUUUCUCAUUUUUGGAUCAUACCGGGAGGAAUCAAAGAGAUCGAUAGACGGUAUGUUUUGGAACAUCCAUUCAUUACAUGCGUGUUUGUGAUUUUGGCUAUGUGUUUCGAUGAAAACUACAUGUAUGUCAAAGAACAGGAGCAAUUAUAUUGGUUGACCAUGAAACUUUUGGGUGUCGUUGUUGUGACGGACCCGUUGACAGAUCAUGAUAUUGAGGCUUUACUCUACCUCUCAUUGUACAACAUCGCCAGGAAACCUAAACAGACUCAGACGGAUAACUGGCUGAUUUCGGGAAUAGGCAUAAAACAUCUGAUGCUUUCACUUGAUAUUCGCGGCAUAUCCACGAAAGUCAACACAUUACAUAGGUUUGAGGCAUUGGACUUGUACCAUUUGCGUAUCUUUAACUCGCUGUGCAGUUGUCACCUCCAGAACUCUCUGGGAACCGGCCAACCUGUGAUGAUCACCAAAGAGUACUUCGAUGUGCAUAGCUUGGCUUUGAAGUUUCCGAAUGCCACGUUUGGAGAUGCAAUCAAGGUGAGUGAGAUAGAGCUGUAUCUCAUGACUGUGCGACUGAUCACGUCGCCAAGCUCAAAAAACCGUUCUACCACUGCGUUCGAUGAACUGCAAGAGUGGGAAGAAAAUUGGCGCCAUUUGAUUAAAAGAGAUGUGGCAGGACUCUUGACUUUUGCGUACCACUUUUGCUACAUCCUUCUAUUGAAGAACCUCACCAAGACGACGCAGGAUCGCUCCUCGAAGUCAGCCUCUGCACCUAUCAUUACAACCGACAUUGGCCAUACUGCCCUUGUUCAUCAUGCGUUCAAGAUUCUGGAGUUAUUUUUGAAUCUGAAACCGAAGCUGGUGAGAGGAUCUCCUUCGUUCUCAUUGGCACAGAUCGUGUACGCAUGUGUCACACUGUGCGACAGUCUAUCCACGAUGGAUGCCGACCAAAAGAAUACUGCCUUGAGUUUGAUUUCCAAGGUAUACUGGCACCUAAAUCAGAUUGGCGAGAAGAUGAAUGAUGCCACAGACACCGUUGGAAAAAUUGUCAUGAGUUUGGUGGAAAGAGCCAAUCCAAAGGAGAUCACAUCUGCAAAUGACGAACCCUAUGUUCGGGAAGCCUCGGCUACCUCUAGAACUACCGCAAAUGUUGAAGACACCACUACGACACCAGCAAGUAUUGAUUUCAAUUUUUAUUCGAGAGAGUUAAACGACUCAAAGCUCUCUCCUCUCCAGAUCCCCGACAGAACGAGCUUGCCGGACUCCAUUAAUCACGGCAUCUCUUCUGGCCUGACCCCCAAUACCCCUUUCCAGAUUAUAGGGAACGAGGUUCCAGAUCUAUCGCAAUUCGAAAGCUUCGAAGCUUUUUUCACCGGAGUUUUUCCGGAAUAUAAGGGUGAAUCUGAUUCCGAAAUCGCCUGA